AUAGGCGGCACAUCUCGUUUUCGCGAGUGCAGGUUGGAAGAUGGCACCAGAACCGGAGCUGCCGUAUGAAAUCGUCAACGUGAGUGCUGAUGAAGAGAAAAUCAUUAGGAAGUGCUUGACAGGGUACACGAAACCCUUCGUGCGAUGCGGGAAGCAGGGCUACGUGAUGCCUGGUGCCUUCAGGAAGCACGCGGAGGCGAUUUACAACAUGGAGGUGCGACCAGACGAUGUAUGGGUCAUCACGUUUCCACGAUCAGGUACAACAUGGACGCAAGAGCUUAUAUGGCUGGUGGAAAAUGAGUUGGACUUCAAAACUGCAAAAGAGAAACCACUCUAUGAGAGGUUUCCCAUGCUAGAAACCACAUCCCAAAUACCGGAGAUAGCCUUCGACCUGAUCAAGGCGAACUUCAUGAAUCUCAAGCACUUCCAAGGUCUAAACGACGCAGUCAGGUGUCCCAGCCACCAGCUGAUCGACCAGGCUCCCUCUCCCCGGUUCAUCAAGACCCACCUCCCCCUAUCCCUCCUCCCCCCCUCUUUGCUGAGCACAGCUAAAGUGGUAUACGUAGGGAGGGAUCCGAGAGAUGUGGCGGUGUCGUACUACUAUUUACACAAAAUGGUCGCGAAGAACAUGAUGCGGUGUAACUUCGUGCAUUUUUGGGAGGCGUUCAGAAGAGAUCUGUUGCCGUGGACACCAAUAGUAGCCCACACGAACGAGGCGUGGAAGCAACGACAUCAUCCGAAUCUUCAUCUAGUUUUCUACGAAGAACUAAUUAAGGAUCUCCCGAAGGAAGUCCGCCACAUCUGCAAGUUCCUGGGACGAGAGUACUCUGAUGCUGAGAUCCAGAACCUGGCCAACCACCUUAGCUUCGACAGCCUCCGAAAGAACAAGACUGUCAACAACACAGUCGCUGACAAUGGCGUACAGUUCGUAAGGAAAGGAGAGGCUGGAGGAUGGAGGGAACACUUCGAUGACAAAAUGGAGCUGCAAGCUGAAGAGUUCCUGGAGGAGCGCCUGCGGGGACUGGACCUCCGGUACCCCUCGAUACCUAUGGAGGAAAUAACGCAUUUAUAGUCCAUGCUAGUCUUUUAGUUUUAAGUAAGUUUCUCGUAUAAGCUUUGUUUCAAGCUGAAAUACUCUUAUGUAAAGCGAGAAGUAGGGCUCUUUCAUUACGUUUUGGGAAGGUCUUCAGUCGUGCGUUUGCAAGAUCGCAAACUUUGUUGGUAAUUGUUAUUUUUAUUCUAACGCAGUUUCCAUACGAUUUUCCGUGUGAGGAUCUUGCAAAUAGGCGACUAGGUCCAGCUUAAAAUGUCUAAUUUGAAAGAGCCUCUACGGGCUCAUCAUCGCUAAUAUUAUGGCUUAUAUUAACCAAUAACAAACAACUGCUGGACAUAUGCCCCCAUAUGAAGCGCCACGCGAUCAUGAGCUUUUUGUUUAGAUACAGCCUUGAAAGUCAAUCGCUCGUCUUUAAGCUACUUUUCAGAUAAAUAACUAAAUAAAAAUAAUCUACCUCAGUCCACUGCAGGACAAAAUAAUAAUAAAAUAAAUAGGAUCCUAACAAUAAAAUUAAUUGCUGCCCAUUUUGGAUAAUCCUUGUGGAUGUUUUUACUUUUUGUUAGUUCCUUUUCUUAUGUUUGUGUAAUUUAAUAAUCCAGUAAGUUGUUUUUUAAUAUUAUAAUACUACUUUGACUUCCUAUGUUUAUUUAGAUAUUGUUAAUAUUAUUUUAUAAGAUUAUUUGUAAGUAGAUAGUCGCUAAUAGCAAAAGUAAGUUCCUAUUUGUUGUAUAGAUAGAGCAACUUUAAAUAAAUUAAUU